GGCACGCCCGCAGCCAAGUCUGGGAGGGUUUCCUGGACAGAAGUCCCUGUGGCCGCUGCCUUAAGACGUGCGGGCUGGGCCGCGGCCGCCACUGCUCUCCGACCCAGGCCAGUGCAGCAGCAUGGAGCUGUGGGGGGCCUACCUGCUCCUCUGCCUCUUCUCCCUCCUGACCCAGGUCACCACCGAGCCGCCAACCCCCAAGGUCAAGAAGGCUGCAAACGUCAGGAAAGAUGUCGUGAGCCCAAAGAUGUUUGAGGAGCUUAAGAGCCAGCUGGACAACCUGGCCCAGGAGGUGGCCCUGCUGAAGGAACAACAGGCCCUGCAGACAGUCUGCCUGAAGGGCACCAAGGUGCACAUGAAGUGCUUCCUGGCCUUCACCCAGGCGAAGACCUUCCACGAGGCGAGCGAGGACUGCAUCUCACGCGGGGGCACGCUGGGCACCCCGCAGACGGGCUCGGAGAACGACGCCCUCUACGAGUACCUGCGCCAGAGCGUGGGCGCCGAGGCCGAGAUCUGGCUGGGCCUCAACGACAUGGCGGCCGAGGGCGCCUGGGUGGACAUGACCGGCGGCCACAUCGCCUACAAGAACUGGGAGACGGAGAUCACGGCGCAGCCCGACGGCGGUAAGGUCGAGAACUGCGCCGCCCUGUCCGGCGCGGCCAACGGCAAGUGGUUCGACAAGCGCUGCCGGGACAAGCUGCCCUACAUCUGCCAGUUCGCCAUCGUGUAGCCAACGGCGGGCGGGGGAGGGGGGCGGUGCGGGGACCGGGGCGCCCAGCCCGGAUCCCCGGUCGGUGGUGCAAAUAAAGUCGGUGCCUCUGGA